AUGGCUGAUGAGGAUCCUCAACUCUCACUCUCAACGUCCAACACCACUCUCAGCUCACCGACCUCCCAUUUCUAUCCUUUCGCGACCUCUCCAGACAUAAUCCGCUCCCAUGAAAAGGAUUUAUAUACUACUGGUAGCCUUAUAAAUCAAGCCCAGAAUAUUAUACGAUCUCUACGUGGCGCCCGGUAUGCCCAUGCACACUCCGACACCAUCAAACACCUCACCUCACUACUCUACCUUUCCCUGACCACAGCCAUUGGCAACCGUACUCUCGGCGAAGAAUACUGCGACAUUGUCCAAUUAGAAGAUGACACACUACGUCUUCCAGAAAUUACACGGCGCGUCGGUUACAUCCUGAGCAGUAUUCUCGUCCCAUGGGGACUACAACGGCUCUUACCCGCACUACGGCAGCGUGUGCGGAACAAGCUCGAGCGUAACAUUGCUCGCCAGCAGCUCCGAGAGACACAACAAGCCGGCCUAUUAAAUAAAUCAAUUCCUACCCUCAUCAAGCCAAAGCCUUUCUUUACCAAACUGCGAAUUCAGCAAUAUCUCCUCGAACACCUGGGCUCCAUCACCUCUCUCUCCCCUAUCUACGCCCUCAGUAUUGCAACGUUUUAUUUUACAGGCUCUUAUUACCACCUCUCUAAAAGAAUAUGGCGUCUUCGCUAUGUCUUCACAAAAAAGAUUGAUGAUAGUAACCAGCGUAUCGGGUACGAGGUGCUCGGCGUGCUGAUGGUGCUCCAGAUUGCUGUGCAGGGGUUCCUGCAUAUACGCAAGAUAGGGCAAAGUAUGAACAGUGACGAGGAUCAAGUUAAAAAUACUGGAGACAGUUCUGAGGGUGAGGCGCUUAUAAAUUCGAUCCAGAACCCGGCUGCUGUGCCGUUGCUGCCUGGUUCGGCGGUGCGAUAUGAUCUUGAAGAGGAUCCAGGUGCGGUUGCGUGGAUCCCUGAUGGACAGCAGCGGAAGUGUAUUUUGUGCUUGGAUGCAUUCAAGGAUCCCUGUGUGACUACAUGUGGACAUGUAUGUUGCUGGGUCUGCAUUAGGGAUUGGGUUCGCGAAAAGCCCGAAUGCCCACUUUGUCGGCAGGAGGUGCUGCUUUCUAAAGUUCUUCCCCUAAGAGGAUAG